CGCUCACAUGACUGGCGGCGUGAUGGACCGGCUACUCGGGGAGGCAGGCGCGGCGCCAGUCGCGGCGGCAGCUGAGGCGGAGGCUGACGAAGAGGCGGACCCGCCGGCGGCAGACUCGCCCACGCCCCAAGUCAGCCAGCGGAGGGACCCGCACCCCAGUCGGAUGCAGAUGCCAAAGGGGAACCCGCUGCUGCUGUCCUGCACCCUGCAGGAGCUGCUGGCCAGGGACACUGUGCAGGUGGAGCUCAUUCCUGGGAAGAAGGGCCUCUUCCUGAAGCAUGUGGAAUACGAGGUCUCCAGCCAGCGCUUCAAGUCCUCCGUGUACAGACGGUACAACGACUUCGUGGUUUUCCAUGAGAUGCUGCUGCAGAAGUUCCCCUACCGCAUGGUGCCGGCCCUGCCGCCCAAGAGAGUGCUGGGAGCCGACCGGGAGUUCAUCGAGGCCCGGCGGAGGGCGCUGAGGCGCUUCAUCAACCUGGUGGCUCGGCACCCUCCGUUCUCCGAGGACGUGGCCCUCAGGCUGUUCCUGUCCUUUAGUGGUCCCGAUGUGCAGAACAAGUUAAAGGAAUCAGCUCAGUGUGUUGGAGAUGAAUUCAUGAACUGUAAGCUGGCUCCCCGGGCCAAGGACUUCCUCCCGGCCGACAUCCAGACUCAGUUUGCCGUCAGCCGGGAACUCAUUCGGAACAUCUACAACAGCUUCCACAAACUUCGAGAUCGGGCCGAGCGGAUUGCGUCCAGGGCCAUCGACAAUGCUGCUGACCUUCUCAUAUUCGGGAAGGAGCUGAGUGCUUUGGGGUCUGACACGACCCCACUGCCCUCCUGGGCCUCUCUGAACAGCAGCACGUGGGGGUCCCUUAAACAGGCGCUGAAAGGCCUGUCCGUGGAAUUUGCCCUGCUUGCUGACAAAGCUGCCCAGCAGGGCAAACAGGAAGAGAAUGACGUGGUGGAGAAAUUGAACCUCUUCUUGGAUUUGCUCCAGUCAUAUAAAGACCUGUGCGAACGGCACGAGAAGGGUGUGCUGCAUAAGCACCAGCGUGCCCUGCACAAGUACAGCCUGAUGAAGAGGCAGAUGCUGAGCGCUGCUGUGCAGAGCCGUGAGCCCGAGUCGGUGGAGCAGCUGGAGUCCCGCAUCGUCGAGCAGGAGAACGCCAUCCAGACCAUGGAGCUGCGGAGCUACUUCUCCCUGUACUGCCUGCACCAGGAGACGCAGCUGGUCCACGCGUACCUGCCCCUCACCUCCCACAUCCUCGGGGCCUUUGUCAACUCGCAGAUCCAAGGGCACAAGGAGAUGAGCAAGGUGUGGAACGACUUGCAGCCCAAGCUCAGCUGCCUCUUCGCGGGACCCAGCAGCUCCUUGCUCCCGCCGGGGCCCCCGCAGGACGGCAGGUCUUCUCACUAGUGCCAGAGGCCUGGGGCGGGAGCUCCGGCAGCCUCACUAAAACCUCUUUCCAAACGGUGUGUCCCUCUUUAAUUCCCUUCAGACAGCGGCUGCCCCCGCCCACCACAGGGUCCCCGGUGUUGGGCUGAUGUCCGGGCCGGGUGGGGGUGGGGUUGGAAGGUAGGGCGGAGGCCACGGGGAUCUGCUCAACUG